AUGUUUAGCAAUUAUUUUCUAUUAACAGCUACUGGAGCUGCUGCUAUGGUUGGAGCACUUUCAUAUUAUUGGAAAAAGUCGUUAAAAGAGUCACAAUGCGGAAUUGAUUAUCCAUCAGUCCAUUACAACAGUUGGAAACGUCUCCACAACGGAUUUUCAAUGGACCAAUUCUUGGAGAUGGUCAAGCCUUUGGAUGACCCAUCAUCGUAUCAAAUGGUUUUGGAAAAGGCUAUGGAUUUAAAAAAAAACAAAAAUUCACAUGUUGAUUCAUUAAUUUUGAUGUCUCGUAUUAAUUCAACAAUCAAAAAAUUGGAUUUAGAGAAUAAUGAUUUAAGUGAUGAAAUACAACUUUUUAUUGAUUGUAAUAAAUGUUAUGCAGUUUUACAAAGAGAAGCCAAACAAUAUUAUGACCUCAUCGAUGCUUUUAUCAAUGAAGAUGGAUAUAUUAAAGAUCCGGUAUUGGAACACACUACUGAAUAUUCCUAUAGAUAUGAAGGUCGUCAAUUAAAAUCAAGAAAGUUUAUUAAAAUUAUUGAUAGACCAUUAAUUAAUUGUUUAAUGAGAACUCAAGAAAUUGAUAUAUUUAAUACAUGGAAAUGGUAUCAACAUGGAAAGACUGUUACUCCAUCUGAUGGAACCUAUCUUUGUUCCAUUAUUUCUAUUUUGAGUAAAUUUAUCAUUUUGAAUAGAGCAGCCUAUUGUUGGAGACUCUCUUUUCCACUACCAGAUGGGUCAUACAUUGUCUCUUACAAUGGAGCCAAUAACAGACCAUCUGAUUACGAUCUACCACCCCUUCCAACUGGAUUUGCCUAUCCUGACAUAUUUUACCACGGAUGGAGAUUCAUUCCACUAUCCAAGAACAAAACCAUGGUCAUCUCUGUAAUGGAAAGUGAUCCAAAGAUUUGGUUCUUGCCAUUUGAAUAUUUUAUUCGUAUGGGCAAGAGUUUUGGUUGUCGUGAACUCAAACUAUUGGAUGAAUUCUCUGCAACCAUUGCUGGUACCUCUUAUGACAAGUUAAAAGAUAGAGAAUGGUAUCAAAAUAUUAAAAAGGAUUUAUCAUUAUUAUUUAAAGAUUAA